AUGAAUGCAACACGCGUCCUCCUCCAGCAGCACCGCCAGCCCAUGAUCCGCUUCCUCGGCAAGCGGACAGUACCACAAAAAGUCGAUCACACACCCCACGCGCAUCCCGCUUCUCCCACUCACAGCCUCCCCGAAUCCUUCGCCAACUACCGCCAGAAAGCGCAGCAGCACGGCCCGUUGAACCCGCAACAACGCACGCAGUACUCGACAGGCCGGGGCGCGGUGGGAAGUCAUUCAGGCAAGAGCUUGGGUCCGGUCGAGCCGGCGAAGGGCGAGUUUUUUGAUCGGAGUGAGCUGCCGGAGCGGUUUAGGAGGCUUAAGUGGACGAUGGCGGAGAUUGAGGCGGUGGAGAGCGGGGGAGCGAGUUUGUAUGUUUGA